AAAAAUAAAUCCGAAGUACAUGCGUUUAACGUUCGAUUUUUGCUUCGCGCCAUUUCCCCCACUGCCCCUUCACAGUCGCUCACUGAAACCCUAACUCUCUCUGAUCACCUGGGAUCGUUGAAAUUUCAUAUCUGCAAAGCUCGACCAAGCUUUAUGCUAUGGCGGAAGCCAAGCGUCGCGCAAAGCGCCCUAGAAUUACGAGGGGGGACGAUGAUUAUAUGCCUGGAAGUAUAAUUGAGAUUGAGCUUCAUAACUUUAUGACCUUUAACCACUUGAAAUGUAAACCAGGAUCACGUCUAAACCUUGUAAUUGGGCCCAAUGGAUCUGGUAAAAGCUCUAUUGUAUGUGCUAUUGCCCUUGGCCUUGGUGGUGAGCCUCAGCUCCUUGGAAGGGCGACCAGUGUUGGAGCAUAUGUGAAGCGCGGGGAGGAGUCUGGUUAUGUCAGAAUAACCUUGAGAGGGAAUACUAAAGAGGAGAAUAUUACAAUUACACGUAAAAUGGACACACACAACAAAUCUGAGUGGUUGUUCAAUGGAAAAGUUGUGCCAAAAAAGGAUGUAGCUGGAAUCAUUCAAAGUUUUAACAUUCAAGUUAAUAACUUGACUCAAUUUUUACCUCAGGACAGGGUUUGUGAGUUUGCCAAAUUAACUCCCGUCCAACUUUUAGAAGAGACUGAAAAGGCAGUUGGCGAUCCUCAACUUCCAAUCCUACAUCGUGUACUUGUUGAGAAAAGCCAUGACAUAAAAAAUAUAGAACGAGCUGUUGAGAAAAAUGGAGACACCCUAGAUCAGCUAAAGGCAUUAAAUGUCGAGCAGGAGAAAGAUGUUGAGCGUGUUCGUCAAAGAGAAGAACUUUUAAAAAAGGUUGAGUCCAUGAAAAAGAAGCUGCCAUGGCUGAAGUAUGACAUGAAAAAGGCUGAAUACAUGGAAGUUAAGGAAAAGGAAAAGGAGGCAAAAAAGAAGUUAGAUGAAGCUGCAAAUACUUUGAAUGAUUUAAAGGAGCCAAUUGAGAAACAAAGAAAGGAGAAGGCAAAGUUGGAUGCGAAAACUAAGAAGUAUAGCACUCUCAUUAAUAAUAAUCACAAGAAAAGGAUGGAACUUCAGGAAACUGAAAAUCAUUUGGGGGUGCAAGUGCAAGGAAAAUUGAAAGAAAUGGAAGACUUGAGGAAACAAGAAGAAUCUCGUCAACAGAGAAUCUUACAAGCUAAAGAGGAACUUGAAGCUGCUGAAUUGGAACUUCAGAAUUUGCCUCCUUACAAACAUCCCAAGGACGAGAUUGAACGGUUGCGCGCUCAAAUUUUGGAGCUGGAAGUUUCAGCAAGUCAGAAGAGACUUACGAAGUCAGAGAUUGAAAAAAAUAUAUCCCAAAAAAGAAAUACUUUGAGGCAGUGCUUGGAUAAGUUAAAGGAUAUGGAGAAUACUAAUACAAAACUACUACAGGCAUUGAGAAAUUCUGGAACAGAGAAGAUUUUUGAAGCUUAUCACUGGCUUCAAGAACAUCGCCAUGAAUUCAAGAAGGAGGUGUAUGGUCCAGUGUUGCUAGAGGUUAAUGUGUCAAAUCGGACUCAUGCUGACUACUUAGAAGGUCAUAUCCCAUCAUAUGCCUGGAAGUCCUUCAUAACUCAAGAUUCGGACGAUCGUGACAUAAUGGUAAAAAACUUGGGUUCAUUUGGCGUUCCCAUCUUAAACUAUGUGGGAGGUGAAAGGCGCACAAAUCAGCAUUUUGAGCUGUCUGAGGAGGUUCGUGCAUUUGGCAUAUAUUCCCGGCUAGACCAAAUUUUUGAUGCUCCUGCAGCUGUAAAGGAGGUUUUGACCAUGCAGUUUGGUUUGGAGCAUUCAUAUAUUGGCUCAAAGGUAACUGAUCAGAAGGCAGACGAGGUCUCAAAAUUGGGAAUUUUAGAUUUUUGGACUCCAGAUAAUCAUUAUCGAUGGUCUCGCUCUAGAUACGGUGGUCAUAUGUCGGGAACUGUGGAACCAGUUGAUCGCUCACGUCUUCUCUUGUGCAACUUGGAUGCGGGAGAAAUUGAUGGGCUUCGGUCCAGGAAAAAUGAGCUAGAAGAAUCUAUUUCUGCGUUGGAAGAAAAUUGUAAAUCAAGUCAGACUGAACUAAGAUUGAUAGAGGAUGAAGAAGCUAAACUUCGCAAACAUCGGGAUGAUAUUUUAAAUACUGUGCAACAUGAGAAGAGAAAACGCCGUGAAAUGGAAAAUCGCAUUGAUCAAAGAAAAAAGAAAUUAGAAUCUAUGGAGCGGGAAGAUGACUUAGAUACUGUUGUGGCCAAGCUUGCCGACCAAGCUACAAAUUUUAACGUUCAAAGGUUCAAUUGUGCAAUUGAAAUUAAGCAUUUGCUUGUUGAGGCCGUUUCCUAUAGACAGAACUUGACUAAGAGCCAUAUGUCCUCCAUUGAAAUUGAAGCAAAGAUCAGAGAAUUGGAGGUAAAUCUGAAGCAGCAUGAAAAGUUUGCUCUGCAAGCGUCAGUGCAGUUUGAGUACUGCAAGAAGGAAGUCGAGGACUAUCGACAGCAACUCUCAGUUGCCAAGAAGUAUGCAGAAUCUAUUGCUGUGAUCACACCUGACCUUGAGAAGGAAUUUCUUGAGAUGCCUACUACAAUUGAAGAAUUGGAAGCUGCUAUUCAAGAUAAUAUUUCUCAGGCUAAUUCCAUUCUGUUCUUAAACCAUAAUGUGCUUGAGGAAUACGAACAUCGUCAGCGUCAGAUAAAUACCAUUGCAAGAAAACUAGAAGCUGAUAAACAUGAACUAAGGAAGUGUAUGGCUGAAGUUGAUGAGCUGAAGGGAAAUUGGCUCCCAACUUUAAGAAAACUUGUUUCUCAGAUAAAUGAGACUUUUAGUCGCAAUUUUCAAGAGAUGGCUGUUGCUGGAGAAGUGUUAUUGGAUGAGCAUGAUAUGGACUUCGAUCAAUAUGGGAUUCUUAUUAAAGUGAAGUUCAGACAAGCAGGUCAGCUUCAGGUUCUCAGUGCACAUCAUCAGUCGGGAGGGGAACGCUCGGUGUCGACAAUCUUGUAUCUUGUUUCCCUUCAAGACCUUACCAACUGCCCAUUUAGAGUAGUUGACGAGAUAAACCAAGGAAUGGAUCCCAUAAAUGAACGGAAGAUGUUCCAGCAGUUGGUGAGAGCUGCCAGCCAAACAAAUACACCACAGUGCUUCCUACUCACUCCAAAGUUACUUCCAGAACUGGAAUAUAGUGGGGCCUGUAGUAUACUGAAUAUAAUGAAUGGUCCUUGGAUCGAGCAGCCCUCGAGAGCAUGGAGCAAUGGAGAUAGCUGGGGAACAUUAAUGAACUACGUUGGAGCAAGCCGAUGUUGAUCGACGAUUAGCGGAUUGCAACGCUGAGGAAGACAAUGUUCGAUUACAGAGUCCUUUCUAUGAAGUUAGCUGUCCUUUCUCCUAUCAAAUGGCUGCUAGUCCUUAAACGACUGUGAUUUAUUUAUGUUUUUAUUUUGUAUAGCUGAAUUAUGCCUUCUUAAAUUCAUCUGUAAAGCUUUCCAUCAUAUUUAGCAAAUGAGGGAUGCUAUAACUAAUGGCAGGGUUCUUGAGAUAAUUAUAUUUAUAUUUUUAAGUA